AUGUUAAUAGAGGAGAUAGAAUUUUACAAUGCCGAUGGCAAAAAGACAACCACCGUUGUUCCUGAAAAGAAACAUUUGAAAAAAAAAGCCUUGAAUGAUAGAAGAUCCUUGUAUGUUGGGAAUCUUCCUAAUAAGUGUUGUAAGCAAGACCUUAGAGAUUUGUUUGAACCUGAUUUUGGUAAGAUAACUACCAUUAUGCUGAAGAAAAAGCAACUCAAGAAACCACCAAAAACAUUUGCGUUUGUAGAAUUUGAAGAAGGCAUAGACUUGAAAAAAGUAAAAGAGCAAAUGCAUGAUAAAGUUUUCAUGGAUAAGACAAUUGUUAUUGAAAACAUCUUAACCAGAGAGGAGAAAAGAUCUGAAGACAAUAAUAACCAUAUCAAUACCAAACCUGAAUCAGAUACAAAAUCAAAUUCUGGCUUCAAAGCACUAUCCACGCACACUCUUUACGUGAAAAACAUUCCCAUGAAGUCCUCAAAUGAGGAACUGGCUGAGAUCUUCGGCGUUGCUCCUAGAAACAUCAAUUUUGUAAAGAGACAGUUGGUGGAUUUGAGGACAAAUAAGGCUUUCUUUUCCGACGAAUUUCAUACAGGCGAAGCCUUCAUCAAGUUUGACAACCUGCGAGCAAAAGAUGACAUUCAAAAGAAAUGCCAAGAGUUUCAAGGUCAAAAGGCAAGUAACGGUAGAGUAUUACUGGUUAAGGUAGCCUCUGCCAAGAAAAAUGAACAAGACCAAAAAGUCAAAGAUAUUGAGAAAAUAAAGCAAAAGUAG